AAAAUUUCAAUCAAUCCCUUCCACAUACAGACGUGAAUAAGUCCUUUUCUAGAGAGAGAGAGCCACCACAGUACAACUGUACAAGUUCCUUCUUUUAUUAGAGAGAGAAGACGGCCGAGUCUGCUUACGUCAAACCGAGCCAAGGCCUUCCCCAUUAUCUUUCAAUUAUUUUCGAUUUGUUUGCGUUAUCUGUUAGCUGAAGGAAACUGAUGAUUUGUGAUUUUGGAGCGUAAUUUGUUGGGGGCAAGCAGCUGCGGAAGAACGGUGAGGAUUAUGGGAAAUUGCUGUUCUUUUUGUAGGGCUUGAUGCUGCUUGGGAACGAAGGUGACUUUCUGUCGGCAGAAGUGACUUUUGCAUCUGCACAUCAGUGGCAAUCAUCAAUCGCCACCUAUAUUUGGAGCUACAAGCUUAUAAUUUUUGAGUUGUUUUUCCAAUGGCACACCUUGCAGCUGCCUAUUUUUCCCCAGAACCAUCCCGAGGGGCCUCAAAUGAAUCUCUGUUUAAAGAACUUUGGCAUUCCUGUGCUGGUCCCCUUGUCACCCUUCCUCGGGAAGGAGAACGAGUUUACUAUUUUCUGCAAGCUUGAAGCAUCAAUCAAUCAAGGACUUGAUCAACAACUCCCUUCAUUCAACUUACCCAGCAAAAUUCUUUGCAAGGUGGUGCACGUUCAGUUAAGGGCUGAAACAGAGACGGAUGAGGUGUAUGCACAAAUAACACUGAUUCCUGAACAAGAUCAAACUGAGGUCAUGAGUCCAGAUCCGCCUCUACCUGAACCUCCAAAAUGCACUGCCCAUUCAUUUUAUAAGACUCUUACUGCUUCUGAUACAAGCACCCAUGGGGGAUUCUCGGUUUUACGAAGGCAUGCUGAUGAUUGUUUACCUCCAUUGGAUAUGUCUCAGCAGCCGCCCUGGCAGGAAUUGGUAGCUUCUGAUAUUCAUGGAAACCAGUGGCAUUUUCGUCACAUCUACCGAGCUAAAAAACAGAAGCUCGAGGUGGGGAAAAGGUUUAAGAUGAGAUUUGAAGGUGACGAGGUUCCAGAAAGAAGGUUCAGUGGGACAAUAGUCGGUGUGGAGGAUCAUUCUUCAUCCAGAUGGCCUCAUUCUGAAUGGAGAUCAUUGAAGGUCCAAUGGGAUGAACCUUCCUCAAUUUUGCGCCCAGAUAGAGUAUCACCUUGGGAAAUUGAACCACUUGUUACUACAAAUCCACAAAAUUUACUGACUCAACAAAGAAACAAGCGGCCACGUCCACCCAUUUUGCCUUCUCCUGUGCAAGAAUUAACUGCACCAGGUACAUGGAAGCCUCAAGCUGAACCACUUUCUACAUUCUCUUAUCACGUUUCUUGUCAUGAACGAGACCCCUGUCAAUCACCCAAACGAGCUCGUGGCCCGGGACCCAGCAACAUGACCCACAGCAAAAAUAUUCUGCCAGCUUCAGGCAAAUCAGUUCACCAAUCAAAUCAAAUAGAAAAUGCUGCAGAGUCAUCUGCACCUGUUAGCGGAAUAAUACAGGCGAACGGCUGCAGGCUGUUUGGUAUUGACUUGAUUGACCGUUCUAUUGUGGAGGACGCAGCAACACCAGCAGCUUUUUCGGCUGCUGCAGUCGACGAUUCUCAUAUUUCUCCAUUUGAUAAUGAAUUCGAGCAACAUUCUGAGCCAUCAGACCGCAAUCUUCCUUGUGUUCCCUCAGGGAGUUAUGAUCUCGACAGGUCAAAGCCACACAAUAGGCAAACUCGGAGCUGCACUAAGGUUCAUAUGCAAGGGAGUGCAGUUGGGAGAGCACUCGACCUAACUGCGUUCAGAUGCUAUGAGGAUCUAAUCAAGAAAUUGGAAGAAAUGUUCGAAAUUGAAGGUGAGCUCUCUGGGUCGACCAAGAAAUGGACGGUUGUCUACUCAGAUGAUGAAGAUGACAUGAUGAUGGUUGGAGACGAUCCAUGGCACGAGUUUUGCUUGAUUGUGAAGAAGAUUUACAUCUACACAACAGAGGCUGCCAAGAGGCUUUCUCCCAAGAUUAAGCUUCCCCUUGAUGAGUUCAAAUCUGGGAAGCUCGUACCUACUGUUGCCUUCGUGACUGAAGAACAGUCUUCUACGUUGGGAUCUGGCAAAUGA